AUGCUACGACUAGACACGUUCAGCCGCUCGGGGGAAAGGCCGGGGUCAGGGGGAGAGUACACAGGUGCAGACGGGAGAGAGCGGGGUCAGGGGAGAGAGUACACAGGUGCAGACGGAGGAGAGAGUACACAGGUGCAGACGGGAGAGAGCGGGGUCAGGGGGGAGAGAGUACACAGGUGCAGACGGAGGAGAGAGUACACAGGUGCAGACGGGGGGAGAGAGUACACAGGUGCAGACGGGGGAGAGAGUACACAGGUGCAGACAGAGGAGAGCGCGGGUCAGGGGGAGAGAGUACACAGGUGCAGACGGGAGAGAGCGGGGUCAGGGGGAGAGAGUACACAGGUGCAGACGGAGGAGAGCGGGGUCAGGGGGAGAGAGUACACAGGUGCAGACAGGGGAGAGCGGGGUCAGGGGGAGAGAGUACACAGGUGCAGACGGGGGAGAGCGGGGUCAGGGGGAGAGAGUACACAGGUGCAGACGGAGGAGAGCGGGUCAGGGGGAGAGAGUACACAGGUGCAGACGGAGGAGAGCGGGGUCAGGGGGAGAGAGUACACAGGUGCAGACGGGGGAGAGCGGGGUCAGGGGGAGAGAGUACACAGGUGCAGACGGAGGAGAGCGGGGUCAGGGGGAGAGAGUACACAGGUGCAGACGGGGGGGAGAGCGGGGUCAGGGGGAGAGAGUACACAGGUGCAGACAGGGGAGAGCGGGGGUCAGGGGGAGAGAGUACACAGGUGCAGACGGGAGAGAGCGGGGUCAGGGGGAGAGAGUACACAGGUGCAGACGGAGGAGAGAGUACACAGGUGCAGACGGGAGAGCGGGGUCAGGGGGAGAGAGUACACAGGUGCAGACGGAGGAGAGCGGGGUCAGGGGGGGAGAGAGUACACAGGUGCAGACGGGGGAGAGCGGGGUCAGGGGGAGAGAGUACACAGGUGCAGACGGAGGAGAGCGGGGUCAGGGGGAGAGAGUACACAGGUGCAGACGGAGGAGAGCGGGGUCAGGGGGAGAGAGUACACAGGUGCAGACGGGGGAGAGCGGGGUCAGGGGGAGAGAGUACACAGGUGCAGACAGGGAGAGCGGGGUCAGGGGGGAGAGAGUACACAGGUGCAGACGGGAGAGAGCGGGGUCAGGGGGAGAGAGUACACAGGUGCAGACGGAGGAGAGAGUACACAGGUGCAGACGGAGGAGAGAGGUGUCAGGAGGAGAGAGUCCACAGGUGCAGACGGAGGAGAGAGUACACAGGUGCAGACGGGGGAGAGAGUACACAGGUGCAGACGGGGGAGAGAGUACACAGGUGCAGACGGGGGAGAGAGUACACAGGUGCAGACGGAGGAGAGAGUACACAGGUGCAGACGGAGGAGAGCGGGGUCAGGGGGAGAGAGUACACAGGUGCAGACGGGAGAGAGCGGGGUCAGGGGGAGAGAGUACACAGGUGCAGACGGGAGAGAGCGGGGUCAGGGGGAGAGAGUACAUAGGUGCAGACGGGAGAGAGCGGGGUCAGGGGGAGAGAGUACACAGGUGCAGACGGGAGAGAGCGGGUCAGGGGGAGAGAGUACACAGGUGCAGACGGGAGAGAGCGGGGUCAGGGGGAGAGAGUACACAGGUGCAGACGGGAGAGAGCGGGGUCAGGGGGAGAGAGUACACAGGUGCAGACGGGAGAGAGCGGGGUCAGGGGGAGAGAGUACACAGGUGCAGACGGGAGAGAGCGGGGUCAGGGGGGGAGAGUACACAGGUGCAGACGGGAGAGAGCGGGGUCAGGGGGAGAGAGUACACAGGUGCAGACGGGAGAGAGCGGGGUCAGGGGGAGAGAGUACACAGGUGCAGACGGGAGAGAGCGGGGUCAGGGGGAGAGAGUACACAGGUGCAGACGGGGGAGAGCGGGGUCGGGGGGAGAGAGUACACAGGUGCAGACGGGGGAGAGAGUACACAGGUGCAGACGGAGGAGAGAGUACACAGGUGCAGACGGGGAGAGAGUACACAGGUGCAGAUGGGGGAGAGAGUACACAGGUGCAGACGGGGGAGAGAGUACACAGGUGCAGACGGAGGAGAGAGUACACAGGUGCAGACAGGGGAGAGCGGUAUCAGGAGGAGAGAGUACACAGGUGCAGACGGGAGAGAGCGGGGUCAGGGGGAGAGAGUACACAGGUGCAGACGGAGAGAGCGGGGUCAGGGGGAGAGAGUACACAGGUGCAGACGGAGGAGAGAGUACACAGGUGCAGACGGAGGAGAGAGUACACAGGUGCAGACGGGGGAGAGCGGGGUCAGGAGGAGAGAGUCCACAGGUGCAGACGGAGGAGAGCGGGGUCAGGGAGAGAUAGUCCACAGGUGCAGACGGGAGAGAGCGGGGUCAGGGGGAGAGAGUACACAGGUGCAGACGGGGGAGAGCGGGGUGCAGACGGGGGAGAGAGUACACAGGUGCAGAUGGGGGAGAGAGUACACAGGUGCAGACGGGGGAGAGAGUACACAGGUGCAGACGGAGGAGAGAGUACACAGGUGCAGACAGGGGAGAGCGGUAUCAGGAGGAGAGAGUACACAGGUGCAGACGGGGAGAGAGCGGGGUCAGGGGGAGAGAGUACACAGGUGCAGACGGGAGAGAGCGGGGUCAGGGGGAGAGAGUACACAGGUGCAGACGGAGGAGAGCGGGGUCAGGGAGAGAUAGUCCACAGGUGCAGACGGAGGAGAGAGUACACAGGUGCAGACGGGGGAGAGAGUACACAGGUGCAGACGGGGGAGAGAGUACACAGGUGCAGACGGAGGAGAGCGGGGUCAGGGGGAGAGAGUACACAGGUGCAGACGGGAGAGAGCGGGGUCAGGGGGAGAGAGUACACAGGUGCAGACGGAGGAGAGCGGGGUCAGGGGGAGAGAGUACACAGGUGCAGACGGGGGAGAGCGGGGUCAGGGGGAGAGAGUACACAGGUGCAGACAAGGGAGAGCGGGGUCAGGGGAGAGAGUACACAGGUGCAGACGGGAGAGAGCGGGGUUAGGGGGAGAGAGUACACAGGUGCAGACGGAGGAGAGAGUACACAGGUGCAGACGGAGGAGAGAGGUGUCAGGAGGAGAGAGUCCACAGGUGCAGACGGAGGAGAGCGGGGUCAGGGAGAGAUAGUCCACAGGUGCAGACGGAGGAGAGAGUACACAGGUGCAGACGGGGAGAGAGUACACAGGUGCAGACGGGGGAGAGAGUACACAGGUGCAGACGGGGGAGAGAGUACACAGGUGCAGACGGGGGAGAGAGUACACAGGUGCAGACGGAGGAGAGAGUACACAGGUGCAGACGGAGGAGAGCGGGGUCAGGGGGAGAGAGUACACAGGUGCAGACGGGAGAGAGCGGGGUCAGGGGGAGAGAGUACACAGGUGCAGACGGAGGAGAGCGGGGUCAGGGGGAGAGAGUACACAGGUGCAGACGGGGAGAGCGGGGUCAGGGGGAGAGAGUACACAGGUGCAGACAGGGGAGAGCGGGGUCAGGGGGAGAGAGUACACAGGUGCAGACGGGAGAGAGCGGGGUCAGGGGGAGAGAGUACACAGGUGCAGACGGAGGAGAGAGUACACAGGUGCAGACGGAGGAGAGAGGUGUCAGGAGGAGAGAGUCCACAGGUGCAGACGGAGGAGAGCGGGCCGCUGGACUACGAGACGAUGCCCGUUCACACGUUCACGGUGGAGGUGCGCGAGGAGCUGGCGGUGCGCACGCCGGAGAACAGCCGCAGCGCCAUCACCACGGCAACGGUGACGAUCAAAGUCCUGGACGUGGACGAGCCGCCGAUGUUCUCUCAGCCCAGCUACACCUUCACCGUCCUGGAGGAGCGCGUCGUGCAGAACAUCGGCAGCGUCCUGGCCACCGACCCCGACAAGGCCAAGAACGUCAUACGUUACUCCAUCUUGGACCAGGACAGUCCCUUCUCCAUAAACCCCAGGACCGGGGCCCUGUCCACCGUGAGGCCCCUGGACCGAGAGCUGGAGGCCACACACAUGUUCCAGGUCAAGGCCCAGGAGGACGGCAGCGGUUUGGAGACCUUUGUGAAAGUGGACAUCAUGGUUCAGGACAUUAACGACAACAAACCUGAGCUGGUGACGGACGACAUCUUUGUGUGUGAGAACGACCGAGCAAACACGGUGCUGGGGACUCUGCGAGCCACUGAUAAAGACGAGCAGCCGGCCUCCUUCAGCUUCAGUCUGGCAAGUCCCAGCUCCAACUUCUCUGUCCGGGACCACGGCACACAAACCUUGUCAGAGGACCCUGAGAAGGCAAAUAUCCGCCUCAGACGAGAGCUCAGGACGAAGCAUUUAGUCCGACUGUUACUUUUUCAUCCACAGAUAAACGCAGAAGAAACGGCCCCGUGCCUCUCAGAGAUUUCCCGAGGCCCUGGGGGGGGGGGGUGA